AUGACCUCUCCCCAAACUCGCGCCGCAUCCAAGAAACGCAAGGUUGAAGCUGCAAAGGAUGACAACUCUUCGCACAUAACCCGCUCACCGGAUCUUUGGUUCAAUGACGGAACAGUCAUUAUACAGGCGGAGACAACCCACUUUCGAGUUCAUCGUGAUUUUAUCGCCAGGCAUUCCGAAGUAUUCUGCGACAUGUUCAAGAUUCCACAGCCAGCCGAUGAAUCCUCUAAAGAGCCAUGCCAAGUUGUAGAAGUGUUUGGCGAUAGAGCAAAGGACUGGGAGAAUCUAUUGAAGGCGAUGUACAAUUGUUAUAACACGCAAAAGCUUCCUGAAGAAUACCCUAUUGAGCGAGUCAUAUCGUUGCUGCUUUUGGGGAACAAGUACCACUUUAACUUUUACCGGGAUAUUGCCAUUGCACGCCUCAGAGAUAUACUUCCUAUUGAUUCCUACACUGAGUGGGUUUCGAACAAUGCGGAUCGCAUCAAGUAUAUCAACGCGCAUCUGUUCGAGCUGGCAAACGUGGUCCAGGAAGUUGGAUGGACAUCUCUCCUCCCUGUCAUCUAUUUGCUAUGUAUCAGACACUCGAACACGAAAUUAAUACGAAAGGGCAUUUCGCAAGCGGACGGUUCACUUUCUGUCCUGCCAAUUGCGGUUCAGAAUAUGCUUAUUGAUGCCAGAAUCGCUCUGUCCAGGGAGGCAUUAGAGAAAACACUUUUCAAACCAAUGAGCGCUCUCUACGAAACCGAGGAUGAUGAUGAGUCGGUGGAUUGCACAUCCGAAUACGACGACUGCGCCAACCACGAAAAGAAAAAUGAACGCGUUUUCUAUUUACUGGACAACCCCGGAACAAUAUUCGAUACUCCUGCAAUAGAUCUCUGCUACUGUCUGCCCUGUAACAUAUUCGUACACGCCGAGGCUGCCAAUGGGCGCACUGAGAUGUGGGAGAAACUGCCAAGUUACUUCAACCUUCCCGAGUGGGACGACCUAGCCGAUUUGGAUAACGACGAUUAA